UCGAGGUAGUCGGAGUAAAAUAGUGAUUGUGUUCUUGUGCUUUAGGAUUAUUGGAUGACAUCUGCGAGAGGAUUAAAGUGUUGAUAAAUUUGCCACAAGAUGAGAGGACUUUUAGUGAUCUUUCUGGUGAUUUUGUGCAAAAUCUCCGGUGUUUUCCCAGAUGCUGCAUCGGAUUUUAACAAUGUGAAUCCUGACGGAUCCUUUUCAUUUGGUUUGAACACCGAAGAUAACGGUGGCCAUUAUCACAUGGCAAGUGGCAAUCCUAAGACGAUCAUCCGAGGACGCUUCGGUUCCAGGAAUCCCACUUCGAAGCGAAUUGAGGAGACAGUUUACACCGCUGGUCCUCGUGGAUUCCGGGCACGUGGACCGUCGAUUGCGAGGAAAAUGGACCUCUCGCAGAUCCGUCGGGGGCCCAUUGGGAGCCCCGACGAUCCACUGGCGGAUCCCUUCGACGAUCCCAGCUACGGCUUCGGUUUUAAGACGCCCACGUACACGCGCCAAGAGGACGCAGAUCCCGCCGGAAGGGUCAAGGGCUUGUACUCCUAUGUUGAUGACGUUGGGGAGAAGCAUCUGGUGCGCUAUGCCGCGGGCACGGACGAAGGAUACAACAUCAUCAACUCCUAUCCGGACGCGCCAAACUUCGUCAAGUACAGCUCACCGCUCUACAAGUCACCUAACAAGAGAACAAGGGGAAGGAUUGCCAUUCAGCGAGGACCAGGAGGACAGUACAACUUUAUCUCCUCCGGACCUGAUCAGAGAAGGUCCGAAAGCACUGGACCUGACGGAAUCGUUCGUGGUUCUUACUCUUAUCUCGAUGACAAAGGUGUUCAGAGGACUGUUCAGUACAUCGCAGGCGCUGGAAUAGGAUACAAGAUCAUCCAGAGCACUACAGGUCCCGGAACUCACAAUCUUCCUCGGCCAGCCAUUCCCGAAUUGGGUGUUCUCUCGCCGGAAUCGAAUGACUUGGGCAGAGACACUCCGCACUUCAAUGACGACGGCGUUUUCCUGACCUCAUCCAGUCGCGGUCCAGUGAGUCCGAGGCCCAAUCGGAAGGAGUUCAGCAGCACUCCUCGACCGACUCCUGGCAGUUAUGGUGGUGAUCUGGGUGAUGAUGGUCCAGCCUUCUUCGACGGCAACGACAAUUCCUACGACAAUGUGCCACAGGGCAGAGAUCCCAAUGCCAUUGUGCCACCGCCAUCGUCCAGACCCUAUCGACCACGCGGACGCGGCACAACACCUGCUCGACGCAGCUCGGAAGAGUUGGACUACACAGAUGUGCCCGUGACGCCCAACAUAAUCGACGCCACUGGAUCGGAUUUGGGGGAUGAAGACGGUUUUGGCGGCGGUCCAGAUCCCAACUACGAUCGCGAGCGUCCGCCACUGCCCUCUGGGAUCGCCAUCAGGGCGCACGUGCAGAACAUUGACUUGGUGCCCGAGGGCGGCAGACCACCAUCUCCCGGAGAGGCGCUCCUACUCGAUGAACAGCGAAAUCUGUGAUUAGAGACUAUAUCAUCGCGCAAUACUCUGUAGCUCACUGAGUGGAUCCGCAGGCCGUGAGUGGGGCCGAAGAUCCAGAUCAGUGAUGAUACAUUGCCCAACAUAGUGUAUAAAUACCAUUUGCUUUAUACAGUAAUUUGCCCAAUAUCUCUAUUUAGGGUAUGCCACACGUUUUUGUAAAGAAUUUAUCAUUUAAUAUUGUCUAAUGAAUAAAUUUUAAUUUAAU